AUGUCCUGGUGUCUGGUGGCUCCGGUGAAAACUCCUGGUGGUGAAAACAAGGCUGGGAGAUGGGGUUUUAUACCCACUACAUUUGGGCCUUCGGAAAUGGCAAGAAGAAACAUUGUGGAGAAAACCAAGCAGUACACUAAAAGAGCAAACAAAGGCAGGCGUGAGAUGAUCUUUGAUGUAGGUGAUAAAGUGUGGGUUCACUUGCGCAAGGAGAGGUUUCCAAAUGAAAGAAAAUCAAAGCUCAUGCCGCGGAUUGAUGGCCCUUUUGAAGUCAUCCAGAAAAUCAAUGACAAUGCCUACAAGCUUGAUCUUCAAGAUGAGCUAGAUUUGAGGACAAAUCCUUUUCAAGAGGGAGGGGAUGAUAUGAUCAUGGACCAGUCAAACAAAGAAGAUAAUGGGAGCAUGGAAGAUCCAGCUGAUAGAGGAGCUCUAGCCAUAUCUGAAGGUCCUAUGACUCGAGCCAGAAGCAAGCAACUCAAAGAAGCCAUUGGAGGAUUACUUAAGACAUCACUGAAGCAAGAAGAGAGUCUUGGAAGAAGCUUGAUCAACCAAGACACACUUACCACAAUUCAAGCCAUCUCAGCUCCAAGAUAGACAUCAAAUGAGCAAGUAACAUAUGUGUGCUCUUUUUCCCUAUCUUUGGUUUUGUCCCACUGGGUUUUCCAAAGAUAGGUUUUUAAUGAGGCCAUAUGUUGCUUUCCUAUCACUCAUUUGAUGAUCUCAGUUCAAGACUUUAUUUUAAUUAUUUAUCUUUGCUAGACUUGAGAAUUAAGCUGCCAGACUUGAAAGCCCUUAUAAGGUUUUAUAUGGGUUUUAUAAGUGUUAACUUGAAGAGAAGAAGUGGAGAAGCAAAAGUGAUGAGUUGAGUUGGUGCUUGUGCAAAGACAUGGCAAGAUCUUCAGAGAUUGUAUGUUAAGGCUUUGGGAGAGUCUUAAGGCUUCAGAAGUGGUCUGAUGAGUGUGCAAAGAUAGGGUUAAGUCCAGGAGAGACUUAGACACCAUUUAGAGAAGAUUUGGGUCAGACAGUAACUCCAAAGUUACCACAGUAAUAGCUUGAUCUUCAAGGUAAGUAUGAUAUAAGUAAUAGCUUUAAUGUUACUGACUUGGCUCCUUUUGUUGCAGAUGAGCUAGAUUUGAGGACAAAUCCUUUUCAAGAGGGAGGGGAUGAUAUGAUCAUGGACCAGUCAAACAAAGAAGAUAAUGGGAGCAUGGAAGAUCCAGCUGAUGGAGGAGCUCUAGCCAUAUCUGAAGGUCCUAUGACUCGAGCCAGAAGCAAGCAACUCAAAGAAGCCAUUGGAGGAUUACUUAAGACAUCACUGAAGCAAGAAGAGAGUCUUGGAAGAAGCUUGAUCAACCAAGACACACUUACCACAAUUCAAGCCAUCUCAGCUCCAAGAUAGACAUCAAAUGAGCAAGUAA